UGGACUGGUAAUGUUAUCGUGGGUCUUUGGUCAGACUUUUCUCUCUUGAUUUAUCGUUGUUGGAAUGAGUUGUUUUAGACACAUUCCACUGUAACUGACCAUCGACGAAAUGUCUAAACUAUUUUGUCCAAGGGCUUAUUUCUUACUUCUUUCUCUGGUUCAGAAUUUUCUCGUUUUCACCGCCUUCCUACCGUCAAGCGAGGGUCAUUCACAGGGUCUCCAGGAAAUUGUAUUCCCGCCGCAGUUUCUUCCUUCAGAGGAUCCAAGCAUUUUAGCAGGACAUUUAAAAAUGUUUGGACUGCAAAGACCACCAAAUGGUCCUGUAGUUGAAUACAACUCAGUUCUAAAACCUCAAGAAUUUUGGGAUAAACAUGUGAGCAUGUUAAAACCACUUGUAUUCCGUCAGGCUAUCGCAAACUCCCCAGCGCGACUAAAGUGGAGCGACCAGUAUUUAAAGGAAAAAUAUGGCGACUUAGAUGUGUUGACAGAGCUGAAAACAGAAAACAGAACACAUGGGGUAACGUCAAGGAUGUUAUUGGGUGAUUUUAUUGAUGUCUAUGGAAAGGAAAAUCUGUAUGUAGUGACAGUUUUGCCUGACCCGAUGAGGAAAGAUCUUCCAUUGCUCCCCUGUCUAAUGUGUGGUACAUUCAAAGACUUUUUACAUGAACUUAACUUUUGGAUGAGCUCUGGAGGAACACGAUCUGUGAUUCAUUUUGAUGCAGACCAUAACAUUCACUGCCUUGUUGCAGGCCGCAAAGACUUUGUGAUGAUUCACCCAGACUUCGCACCUGUUCUGAAUGUCACCAAGCCCCCACAGUUUGGUUCAGGUUACUCCAGCAUUGAUCCUGAUAUGGUUGACCUGAAUCUGUAUCCAGAUGCUUCCAAAGUGGAGUGGACAUACAGUACUCUUGGACCAGGCGACUGUAUCUUCAUCCCUUCAGGUUACAUACACCAAGUGCGCUCAUACAAAGGCAAUCGCACCAUCUCUGCAACAAUGCUUUUUACUGUGUCUCUUGAUAACACAUUCAACAAUUCCAGCUGUGAGAAUGAGACAUAUGAGUACCGACCACUCAGUGAAGCUCAAGUGCACUGGACUUACAAUAAAGGAGACAAGACUAUCGACAUGGGUUAUCAGAAUGUGGAGAAAUUUAGACAAUAUUUCUUGUCUUCAUUUGACAGCCUUCAGGUGGAUAGGUUGACUGAAAGGAAAUUUUCUGAACUGAUAGAAGAUAUAUUCACUCUUGAUGAAGAAACCAUGGAGCUGAUCCAGAGAGACACCCAUGAAAUAUUCCACACAUUGUUAGAUCCUGAUGGCAAGGGAUUUCUCACACGUGAUGAUAUCAGAGCUCUCUCUCAAGAAACAUUGAAAACAAUUGUGCGGCACUGUGAGGAACCACAUGGUCCUGUUGCUGGAGCUCCUGGUGAUAGAGGAGCUGCUUACAAGUUAAAAAUACAGACAGAAGCUAAACAAGAUAAAUAUAAAGAACAAAGAAAGGAAGACAGAGAUGAGUUGUAAUGUUAAAGACAUUGAGUUACAUAUUCAAAACAUGUUAAAUAAUAGCAUAAUGAAUUGCUUAAAAAUAUUAUUUAAGGCAAUAAUAAAUUAAUAAAUGACACCACAAAUUUUGUUGGAUUUCUGGACAUCUAUUAAAAGGUAAAUAACAGAUGAACAGCUUUUA